GAAAUACACGUGCUCGAAGCUCAAUGAAAAAACAUUGAUUCUCAUGAAAUAAUAUAAUUAAAUAAAUGGAAAUGGAUUAUUUAAUCUCAGAUCAUAAUGAAGAACGGCCAUGCAGGCUAGGUUUAUGUGAAGUUUGUAAUAAACAUAAUGCAAAGUACACCUGUCCAAAAUGUGAAGUCAAAACCUGCUGUAUAACAUGUGUUAAUAUUCAUAAAAAAGAAUUGAACUGUGAUGGCAUUCGAGAUAGAACAAAAUUUAUAUCAAAGGAAAAAUUCACCAACUUGGAUUUUCUUAGUGAUUUUCGAUUACUACAAGAAUGUGGCAGAAAUGUUGAAAGUUGGAAAAAAAAUAAAGAUAAACAGAAUACGAGGAUUGACAAAGAGUUGCCGAUGCAUUUGUAUAAAUUACGCGCUGCGGCUACGACUCGAGGCACAGUAUUGAAAUUUUUAACAAAAAAUUUUGAACGACACAAACAAAAUACUACUUUCCUGAAUUGGAAAUCUAAUGUUAUACAAUGGAGAAUUGAAUGGAUAUUCCCUAAUGCAGAAAAUGUCAAAUUUGUUGAUGAAAAAUGCGAUGAAAAUGAGAAAUUAUCUAAACUUAUAAAUAAAUAUAUCGGAAUUGACUCUGAACCGUUUUAUAAAAAAGAUAGCCUAAUGUUUUAUCAGUCAGCUGGGUUAUCAGGAAUAAAAAUUUUAUUGAAAGCUGAAUUUGUUAAAAAUUCUAAAAACAAGUUUCACGAGCUAGAUGCGAAUGAAUCAUUGAGAAAGAAUUUAGAAAAUAAAAUAAUUAUUGAGUUUCCGGUUAUUUAUGUUGUGCUCAAGGAUCAUUCUCAUAUAUAUGAUUUAGUAGAUACAGAUGACGAAAACCAAAUUGAUGAAUUUAGACACAAACCUAAUAAUAAUCAAGUAAAUGGGAAUGAUGCAGAUAAAAAGAAAAGGAAGAAAAACAGGGAAAAUAGAAGUUUACUUUUUCAAAAUGAUGAUUCUGAAAUAUCUUCUGAUUCGGACUCGAGCACAGAAGACAAAGCAAAUAAAAAGAAGUGUUAAACAUAUUAAGAUUGGGUCUAACAUAAAUUUUAUAGAGAAAAUAUUGUGUUUCAAAAUAUAUAUUAAAUUAGAGUACAAAUUUUUUUACUAGGCUCAUUGGUACAAAUUUUAAAUAAAUUGUUGCAAUUGUGAUAUAGAUCCAAAAUUUGUGAUGUAGAGCAUAUAUGCAUGCUGAAACACAGACAUUAAAAAAUAUUCUAUGAUUUGUUAUUUGCAAAAGUAUAUUUACAA